AUCUGUGACAAUUCGUGUCUUGUAACUUCAAGAAGAUUAUCAAUGUAGUUAUACUUGUUGCAGUAUGGAUUCCUAGCACACUUGACAUGAAACGUUAGAACUAUUAUAAAUUGUGUCUAGUGUAAAAUAAAUUCAUUCAUCAUGAAACGAAGUAUAGAUGGAAGAAAUCUUUCACAAGAAGAAAUUGAAGAACAUGAUCCUUUACAAUCUCAGCAGCAGCAAGAUGAGGCAGAUCAGCAACAGUUAGAGCAACAGCAGCAAACUGCUCAGCCACAGAUUCGUUUUUUAAGCGCUAAUGUAUUGCAGCAAUUGCAACAACAGCAAGAUGUUCAGCAAGCUCAGCAGCAGCAGCAGCCACAAGUUAUUACCCUGCAAAACUUUGUGCCUUUACAACAGCAACAUGAUCAACAGAGAGCGCAAACAAUCUCUGUUCAAUCACUACCUCAUCAAUUCUUGCAAGGUGCUCAGAUUAUUAGCAGUGCCCAGGCACAGGCAGCUCUUCAACAACAACAGCAGCAGCAGCAACAACAGAGCCAGCAGCAAUCGCAGCAGCAGCAGCAAGCCCAGCAGCAACAGACGCAGCAGCAACAACAGCAGCAGCAGCUCAGUUACAGUGUAAUCCCACAAAUGCAGACCGUUAAUAUAGACGGUCAGGAAGCUCUAUUCAUUCCAUCCUCCGCGAUGUCGGCUGCAGGUAGUCAUCAUCAGGCACAGCCAACAAUGCAAUUUACUACUGCAAAUGGUCAACAAAUGCAACUUGCUGGACAGCAAGUCCAACUUGCAAACGGUCAAACUAUUAUCACACCACAACCAGUUAGUCUUAUAAGAACACCGAAUGUCUUUCCCACUUCGAUUAUACAAAAUAUUACGGGACAAACGGUUCAGUUGCCAACAGGUCAAAGUGUACAAGUACGACCACUGCAAUUUCCUAUGCAGCAUGUUCAACAAGCAGUACCUGUACAGUUACCUGUCACUGCCAAUAAUGGGCAAACCGUUUAUCAGACUGUACAUCUUCCUGUACAAUCUUUGUCUAGUGUUUUUAAUAUGCCUACGACACAAAUGAUACCCCAAAUUAUGCAACAAAUACCUCAAGUAGCACAAAUAAUCACGCCAAGUGGUCAGAUUCAGCAGGUGCAAAUUGCUAGUUUACCACAGUUACAAAAUCUUCAGAGUCAACAAGUAACACAAGUUGCACAUCAACAAGCGCAACAGCAAGUUGUUCAACAACAAACUCAACAACAAGUGGUACAAUCUGUACAACAACAACAAGUUGCUCAAGCUCAAGUGCAACAGCAACAGCAAGUGCAACAAGUGGUACAGCAGGUGAUACAACAGCAACCACCAUCAUCCCAACAACAACAGCAGCAGCCGCAACAGCAGCAGCAGAUGCAACAAUCUUCCACUCCAUCAUCGACAGUGGCGACUUGGAGCACAACAGUUGCAUCCCCUAGCAAUGUUCAAGUGCUUGGUAUAGGAGCAUUAGGAAGAAACGUAACAGGAAAUAACGUUAUUACUACAAAAGACGGCCAGAAAAUCGACGUGCAAACAUUAUCUACUUUAACAAGACCGCCGGAAACGGUAGAGGGUGACAUUAAAGUAACUAAUAUUGACGCCAGUCAAUUGACUAGUGGACAAGUAAUACAUAUCCCUGCUGCACAGUCGACCCAACCUACAGUGCAACCCAUUACGAUUACAGGAGCGCAAGGGCAACAGUUAACACUUAUACCUGCGUCCGCGUUAGCGAAUUUAACCGCGCAACAAGGUAACAUGAUGAGAAACGUGAGCAACGGAAGUAUAAUGCAAAUUCAACCAGCCGCCGGGAUGAACACGACUAACGGUUUUUUACAAUCGAUACCUGUGCAAAAUAUCCCAGGCUUAGGAAAUGUGCAAGUAAUUCCAGCGAGCGCAUUGCAGCCGGCUACGGUUCAAACGUUACCCGCUGCCGCGGCUACACCUAUUGUCGCGACUACGCCAACCGUGCAACUUGACUCGAAUGAUCCUACCAAAUGGCAGAUUCUUCAAACUCUUCAGUCAGGGACUUUGACAACGUCCGCUGCACCCGUGUCUCAUCAACAGCAAAUAACGAAUACAACCAAUAGUGUCUCCAAUAAUGACACUACCGAUCCUAAUAAGCAACAUCGUAGAAGAGUCGCAUGUACAUGUCCUAAUUGUGGUGAAGGAGACAGAUUUCUCUGUAGAAAUAGAGAUAUAACCAGGAAACGGCAACACAUAUGCCACAUUGCUGGAUGUAAUAAAGUAUAUGGGAAAACAAGUCAUUUACGCGCUCAUUUACGCUGGCAUACUGGCGAGCGACCUUUUAUCUGUACUUGGAUAUUUUGCGGUAAAAAGUUUACUAGAUCCGAUGAACUUCAAAGGCACCGUAGAACUCAUACCGGGGAAAAGCGUUUCCAGUGCCCGGAAUGUACAAAGAAAUUUAUGCGAUCAGAUCACCUAACAAAACACAUCAAAACACAUACAAAGAUACGAAGCACGGUAAGUAACACUCGUCCGAAACGCAUCGCACGCGAUGCAUUGUUACAUGUUGAAUUUCAGGAAGCUGCUACCUCGACCCAGGAAGGCUCGUCUGACAGUCAAUCUUCCACAGAACAAAAAAUCAUUAUAGCUCUGCACAAGGAAACGGAGCAAUCUGAGAUUGUCAUAUCAGAACCAAUCGACUCCAUGAAAUCUGAAUCGUCGAAUCGUAUAGCAAAUGAAUAAAGUUCUAUGAAAUAAAAUUGGACAACAAUCAGCUAAUAUCAAUAUUACAAUAGAAAUUUUAUAAUAAUGAGUCACAUUCACAGUAGACUAAUUUCUGAAAAAAAGAAACAAAAAAUCUUUAAUUGUUUUAUAUAGAAAACGCUGUCUACGUUUAAUUGUUAAUUAGAAAAAAAUCACUCAGUAGAGAUGAAAAUGAAAUUUACAUAUUCUAGAAUAUAACAAUUCGAAAAAGUUAAUUAUUAUGUUAAUCAUUAUGAAUAUAAUAUAGCGUACAAGUACGGUAAAAUACAUAUGUUAUAUAAAUAAUUGAAAUUAGUAUGCUGCAGCGAAUGAAUUAUUGUGUUCUAUAUAAAAAUAGUGUGGUAGUGAGUUUAGAUAUAACCAUAUAUAUAUAUAUAUACAGUUCGUAACAUACAAUCUAUUUUUUUAUUGCGAUUAUUUGUGUAUAUAUGUAUGUAUAUAAUGUAAAUCAAUGUACACUACAAUUUUGCACGAGAAAAUUUUACACUUGUAAAAAACAUCUUUUGAUAUUACAUAAGGAGUCGAGAGAUAUUUAGCUUUUAAUUUAUCCAAUUAUUUUAAACCGUUUCAUAAUAUAUUGCAUACGAAACUAUAUAUAAAUUUUAUCUUAGAAGAGUUUUGCCUGAAUUUUGAAUUGACUUGUGUAUAUAUAAUAGAUUACAAAUAACACGAAACAAAGUUGUCUGUCUUGCAAUAAAUAUAAUUAUGCAAGUAUAAAAAAAAAACAGAAUGUAAAUG